GGCAGGGGAGUGCCCGACGCCGUGCCUGACCCCGCGGGUGACACGAGCCGGUUCUUUCCCGGCUGGGUGGCAGCGCGCGGCCCUGAGCCCCGCCCCAGGCCGGCAGGCGGAGAAGGAGCCGGUGGGGGUAGGGGGUGCGGUGGGGGGUGGGGGUCCUCCGGCGCUUGGGGGUCCCAGUCCCCGCCGGCUGCCGAGCGGGAGGGGUGGCGGAGGCGCCGCAGAGAUGUCCGGCCAGAGCUUGACGGACCGAAUCACCGCCGCUCAGCACAGUGUCACCGGCUCCGCGGUAUCCAAGACAGUAUGCAAGGCCACGACCCACGAGAUCAUGGGGCCCAAGAAAAAACACCUGGACUACUUAAUUCAGUGCACAAAUGAGAUGAAUGUGAACAUCCCACAGUUGGCAGACAGUUUAUUUGAAAGAACUACUAACAGUAGUUGGGUGGUGGUCUUCAAAUCUCUCAUUACAACUCAUCAUUUGAUGGUGUAUGGAAAUGAGCGCUUUAUUCAGUAUUUGGCUUCAAGAAACACGCUGUUUAACUUAAGCAAUUUUUUGGAUAAAAGUGGAUUGCAAGGGUAUGACAUGUCUACAUUUAUUAGGCGGUAUAGUAGAUAUCUCAAUGAAAAAGCAGUUUCAUACAGACAAGUUGCAUUUGAUUUCACAAAAGUGAAAAGGGGGGCUGAUGGUGUUAUGAGAACAAUGAACACAGAAAAACUCCUAAAAACUGUACCAAUUAUUCAAAAUCAGAUGGAUGCCCUUCUUGAUUUUAAUGUUAAUAGUAAUGAACUUACAAAUGGGGUAAUAAAUGCUGCCUUCAUGCUCCUGUUCAAAGAUGCCAUUAGACUGUUUGCAGCAUACAAUGAAGGAAUUAUAAACCUGUUGGAAAAAUAUUUUGAUAUGAAAAAGAACCAGUGCAAAGAAGGUCUCGACAUCUAUAAGAAGUUCCUGACUAGGAUGACAAGAAUCUCAGAAUUUCUCAAAGUUGCAGAGCAAGUCGGAAUUGACAGAGGUGAUAUACCAGACCUUUCACAGGCCCCAAGCAGUCUUCUUGAUGCUUUGGAACAACAUUUAGCUUCCUUGGAAGGAAAGAAAAUCAAAGAUUCUACAGCUGCAAGCAGGGCGACAACACUUUCCAAUGCAGUUUCUUCCUUGGCAAGUACUGGCCUGUCUCUAACCAAAGUGGAUGAGAGGGAAAAGCAGGCAGCAUUAGAGGAAGAACAGGCUCGUUUAAAAGCUUUAAAGGAACAGCGCCUAAAAGAACUUGCAAAGAAACCUCAUAGCUCUUUAACAACUGCAGCCUCUCCUGUGUCCUCCUCAGCAGGGGGUAUAAUGACUGCACCAGCCAUUGACAUCUUUUCUACUCCUAGUUCUUCUAACAGCACAUCAAAGCUACCAAAUGAUCUGCUUGAUUUACAACAGCCAACUUUUCACCCAUCUGUACUUCCUAUGUCAACUGCUUCUCAGGUAGCAAGUACAUGGGGAGAUGCUGUUGAUGAUGCCAUUCCAAGCUUAAAUCCUUUCCUCACAAAAAGUAGUGGUGAUGUUCACCUUCCCAUUUCUUCAGAUGUAUCCACUUUUACUACUAGGACACCUACUCAUGAAAUGUUUGUUGGAUUCACUCCAUCUCCAGUUGCACAGCCACAUCCUUCAGCUGGCCUUAAUGUUGACUUUGAAUCUGUGUUUGGAAAUAAAUCUACCAACGUUAUUGUAGAUUCUGGGGGCUUUGAUGAACUAGGUGGACUUCUCAAACCAACAGUGGCCUCUCAGAACCAGAGUCUUCCUGUUGCCAAACUCCCACCUAACAAGUUAGUAUCUGAUGACUUGGAUUCAUCCUUAGCCAACCUGGUGGGCAAUCUUGGCAUUGGAAAUGGAACUACUAAGAAUGAUGUAAAUUGGAGUCAGCCAGGUGAAAAGAAGCUAACUGGAGGAUCUAACUGGCAGCCAAAGGUUGCACCAACAACUGCUUGGAAUGCUGCAACAAUGGCACCCCCUGUAAUGGCCUAUCCUGCUACUACACCCACAGGCAUGAUAGGAUAUGGAAUUCCUCCUCAAAUGGGAAGUGUACCUGUAAUGACACAGCCAACCUUAAUAUAUAGCCAGCCUGUCAUGAGACCACCAAACCCCUUUGGUCCUGUAUCAGGAGCACAGCUGUCGGCAGCAUCCAGCCCCUCCAGUCACAGUCCUCACAGAGCUUCAGGAAAGGACCCUUUUGCAGAGCUCUCUUUGGAGGAUUUCUUAUAAAUCACUUUAGAUACAGUUUAUGUAACUAGAUGGAAGAGAAUGGAAUUAUUCCAAAAAGACAAGUGCUCAAGCAGCAAAUACUUAACUUCCAGCAAAAUCCAAACUGCUGUCUCUUAAACUCUCUUCUUCCAUUAGAAUGCUACAGUAACCCAGUGAAGGCCCAUGAAGGAAAUUGGGACUAGUCUAUAGGAGAA